AUUAUUUUUCUGAUUUAAAAAUUUUGGUGACUGUGAUGAUGAAACAACUUAAAAUCCGAGGGGCGAAAUGAAAAUUUUCCCUUAUUUCUCCGGCUUCCACCCGCCGCUGCCUAACUGACGCAUCGAACCGUCCGAUGCUGCCGCUGCCCCAAUCUCCACGCGUAUCCUCCGCCACCGCCCGGACUCUCGAUGGCAUCUCCCUCCGCCGGUUCUACGGACCACCCUUCUCCCUCCGCCUCCGCCGGCCGUCGCUGCCGCCGUUUCCGCGUGUCCUCUCUCUGAUACGGCGCCGCCUUCGUUUGCCGACUUCGAUCUCCUCGUUGCCCUGCGGCGAUGCCGUUGGCGACAGCUUCGACGAGGAGCUUCGCCGCCUUUUGGUCCUCCUCCCACUGGAGAUGCGGCGGCGAGUGGAGGCCCAUCCGGAGCUUCAGCGCCUGGUUGAGAUCGUCAUGGACCUCGGCAGGAGGCCUAUCGCCCGCUUCCCCUCAGGCGACUUCUUCCUUGCCGAAUUCCCUAUAUCCUCUCAGGAACUCCACCACGCCAUUUCCCAGAUGGGCGCCUUUGCCUCGGAUAACCGGGCGGGCAUCAGUAGGACAUUGCAUCGGAUUAGCGCCAUCAGGAACCGGAAGGGAGACAUUAUUGGACUUACUUGCCGGGUCGGCCGAGCAGUUGCAGGAAGUGCUAAUCUAUUGCGGGAUUUGGUGAAGGAUGGAGGUUCACUAUUGCUUAUCGGCCCCCCAGGAGUCGGCAAGACCACAAUCAUCAGAGAAAUAGCAAGGAUGCUUGCAGAUGAUUAUAAGAAGCGCGUCAUGAUUGUUGACACAUCCAAUGAGAUAGGUGGGGACGGUGACAUUCCUCAUGCUGGGAUAGGUAGCGCACGCAGAUUGCAAGUACCAGACCCUAACAUGCAACAUAAGGUAUUGAUUGAAGCAGUGGAGAAUCAUAUGCCACAAGUUAUUGUGAUUGAUGAAAUUGGAACUAAACUUGAAGCAAUAGCUGCUAGCACCAUCGCCCAACGUGGCAUCCAGCUUGUUGCCACUGCCCAUGGAGUAACAAUAGAGAAUUUGAUAAUGAAUCCUUCCUUGGAGAUGCUUGUGGGAGGAAUACAUAGUGUUACACUAGGUGACGAAGAAGCAAGCAGAAGAGGUAUCCAAAAGACUGUUCUGGAGCGCAAAGGACCCUCAACAUUUUCAUGUGCUGCAGAGAUUGUCUCAAAGAUUGAAGUACGAGUACAUCAUAGUCUAGAAGCCACAGUAGAUGCGCUUCUUGCAGGCCGGCCUCCAAAUUUUGAUAUCCGCAGGAUGGACACAGAAGACUUCACAACUGAAACACUACUUUCUCAGACAAAACAUUUCUGUGAUAUUUCCUCUCAAAAGGAAGAUGAAACCAAAGAUGAAAAUAAUUUCGUAAUUCCUUGUGAAGAGUUUAGCAGUGAUGCAUCUAGUGUUCAGUUAAAGAAAAAGCAGAUAGAUAUAUAUCAGGAAGUUGAAAGAGAUUUCCGCCUCUUCAUUUAUGGGAUCACGGAGGCAAGUGUUAUGGAAGCAAUUAAGCAUUUGGGAAUAGAUGAAAUGAUUAAGAUAACUGAUAAUGUAAGUGAAGCAGACGCAUUUAUUGCCUGGUAUGCCAAACUUAAAAAGAACUCUCAUAUUCAAGCAGUUGCCAAGUCAAGUGGCAUUCCUGUCUUUGUCACAAAGUCGACCUCUUUGGCGCAGCUCACUAAAGCUAUCCGUGCUCUUGUAAAUGAACAUGCUAAUCUCUUAAAAACAGAGAAGGAAUCAAGUUCAUCAGAGAUGGUUGAUGCAUUAGAGGAAGCAAGAUUGGCUAUUGAAAAAAUUGUGAUUCCUCAAGAUAAGUCUGUACAGCUUCUCCCGAGGCCACCGCACAUCAUUUCAGGUCAGAUAGGCCUAAUCAAGAAGUACAAACUCAAAUGGGAGACGGUGGGCGAGCAUCCUAUGGUUUAUCUGAGGAUCCUUCCCCUUCAGUCUGGCAUUGGAGGCAAACAUGUUGAUGCAAAUGGUGGUACUUCUGAGCUUGAGGAUUUGGACUGCUUUGAUAGCAUAGAUAUUUCACAACAUGGUAUAGCUAGAUUGCCUCUCCUACCUGAAUAACAUUCCUUUCUUUAGUUGUACAGAUUCUCACCAAAUCUUCCCUUGCAAGUUGUUUACCUUAGAAUAACUAAAGGCAUUCAGUCAUGACUGGAUAUGCUAGUUUUUAAUACCUCAUUUCAAUUGUUUCCAAACAUGAUCUGUUAGGUAUUGUUGAAUGUCUUUGGUGAAGGGACACUUAGAGAUGAAUGAAUAUUUACUUUUCAUCCAAAGUAAACGGGCAAUUUCAAUGACUUGGAGCAUUGGUCAUUGUUUCACACUACUUUCGGCUACAAAUUUGUGCGAUAGAUUAUUUAAUUUUGAGAGUAAUCC